CAGCGGGAUACCCUAGGUAACGUAACAAAUCGACAUGUAACUAACGUUAAUUACCUAACUGUAAGAAGGGGUUAGCCGUGUUUUAAAGUUGUCCCAAACUUAAAAGAAAUACAGAAAAUGUUUUAAAGCACUCAAUGAAGGUCUUCAAAUGUCUUAUUGGAUGUGCUGCAACUCCUGCUUCCUUUCCCCCAGUGCUGACCGAAAAUUGGCUGUCACAACCUGUGGCCAUGUCAUCUGUAGUGUCUGUUAUCAAAAAGAGCAGCUCAGAGGUGAAGGCUCUGUUCUCCGACAUCAACGUUGUGGCAACCAAACACUUCAUGGAAAUCAGCAAAGUUAUAAUGUUCCAGGCAAGACAUCAAAAGAGACUAUUGACUUACUACCAGCAAAGGAAUGAGAAACUAGAAGAGGUGUUAGUCAAGAUGAAGCAAGAAAUGCAGCAGAUGGCAAAGAAGCUGAAUGAACAGAGCGCCUACAUUACUAAGCUGGAAAACUCUCUUCAGCAUCAGAGUGCCAAAGUUUCAGCAGUGCCUCAGAUGAGCCACAGUUCCCAUACUCCAUAUGGACAUAAAUCAGUCCUACAGAUCCCAUAUAACUCCCCCAUGUCCCUCUCAAGACACUCCUCAACGACUAAUGUCACUGAAAACAUGGAGGUGGAUGAAAGGAGUCUCUUCAGGAAACCUAACACUGGCCCCAGACUGUCAUUAAUCAGUCCUCCACAAGAUGGACGAAUGGGCACCAUCCCUCACAGAUCGUCCAAUCAGAACAUGUUGGUCAACCAUUCAGCUCGCUCAGCCACUGUCAGUCGUUUUCAGGGAUCACCAGUGAUGCCAGAUAUUUCAUACAGCCAGAGUUCUGGAUGGAAGUCUCCCAUCUUUAAACCUCUCUCCUCCUUCAGACACUCCGUGUCCUCUCUGGUCUGCCCUCCUCCUUAACAAACACACGUCAUGAAGCCUUUAGAGGAAAUACAACUGGCCACUUACAUAUGUAUAUAGAGGUAUUUAUGUCUCUCACAACCUAAAAUGAGUCAUCAGCCAGUUUAUAUGUUGUGUUUUAACGAUCCUGGAUUCACAGGUGAAAUUAAAUGUAUUCAGAAGGGGAAUCUAUUGUACUGUAUAUUGAUGACUAAACUCAGAUUCUGUGUUAUCGAAUUGCAAUUUUUUUGUCUCACAAUCAAUUAAACUGAUGAAAUAA